AAAUCCCGAGAUUCAAAUAUUUAUUGUGAAUAAAUCAGAAUGAACGUUUGUUCUGUCACCCUCCCCCUAAAUAGAUUUAAUUUUCUACAACAUUUAAAAAUGUAAAAGUAAAUGAUAUAUGCAAGGAAGUAGGAAAAAGAAAGAAACUGAGAUCUGCAUCCCCCUGAAAAGGUGUGUCCUCAUCAGCUGUUUCGGCCAAAACAUUGCAUCAUUGAAGAAGAAAGGAGUAACAGAUAACAAUGUACGAGUGGAGAAAUUCGACCGGCCGGCUCUCGGCUCCUACAGUCCAGACUCCAGCGAAAUUGGGAGGUGCUGCCGAGGGUCCAGGUAUUAUCUACCCGCCAGGUACAACCUUCCCCAAGGAGGCGCCAAGGGGUGCCAUGGGUGAGAUACCAGGACUCCUCUCCCAGAAGAUGCAGAUGUUCCAG